AUGAUUUUGAGAAGUGGGAAAAGAUUAACCAUCUGCAGUAAAGAGCAGAACAAGACGAGGAAGAAGCAAAGAGUAAGACCAUAUCUUCCUGAGGAGUUAAUUAUCAAUGACAUUCUCAUUAGAUUACCAGCUCGGACUCUAGCCAUAUGCAGCUGCGUCAGUAAGUUAUGGUACAACUCUAUUUUUCACGAUCCAAAGUUUACCUCCUCUCAUUUUGUUGAGAACAAAAACAAAUUGAAACUAGUCUUCAACCUCCUUAAUGUAUUCGAAAACGGUUUGGAAAAGGCUUACUUUUUAAGUAUAGAAGAAAAAAUAAGUAAGAAUACUGAUUUUUAUUAUCAUAAAGUGUUAGCAGACAUAAGCUUUGGAGAUACAAGUGAUGUAGUUGGUUACUGUAAUGGUUUAGUUUGUCUUAACUUAGUAACUGAAAUCGCUGUCAUUAACCCGACCAGGGGUGAAAGACUUGUUUUUUCCAAUUCCUUUCCUGGAACCAUGGGAUGCAUGUACUUGUGUCAUGGUUUUGGUUUUGAUUCAUCAUUGCAAGAAUAUAAGGUUGUAUUUGUUUAUACUACUACUAUGAAUGAAGAGAAAGAGGAGAAGUUAGUUUGCAUGGUCAUUACAUUGGGUGGAGAAAAUUCAUGGAGAGAGAUAGUUACUAGUACUGCGAAAAUCUCAUCGCCACCGGGUUUUUCUCCUCUUCCUAGUCGAAUGGUAACAAGACCUUCAAGGAGUACUCGUAGAUCAGCCGCCCUUUGUGGGGGCGACAUGUUUUGGAGGAUAACCUACACUAGUGAUAAUAAUGAUAAAAGCGAUAUGUUGCUCUCGUUCAACAUCCAUAAUGAGAAAUUUCGGUUCAUUCGGCUCCCACCUGAAUGCUGUCUGACCCACACGACGACGACUACGACUAUUGAUGAGCACCAAUGUUUAGUAGUUGAUCAUCAUCUUCUGGAGUUUCAAGGAGGCAUAUGUGUUGCACGUACGGAGAUGAGAAGCAAUAGUAGUGAUUGUCAUCUCCAACACCGCAAUCAUCAUUGUAAAGGCCAGGAAAAAAUUUGCUGUUGUGGUUUUAAGGUGCAUCUGUAUAUAAUGAACGACAAGGUCAAGCAACUAUGGACCAAGGGGAAGACUUUCAGUUUUCCAGUCAAGGAUGGGUUACUUCCAGAUCCUUUUUGUAAUUACUUUUCUGUCACCCCCCCCUACACGUAUGUUGAGUUAUUCUGA